GGGGGAGGAUGGCACCUGUCAUCAGCGUUGGGACAAAACUAGUCUGGGAUUUGGCUUGGAUUCCCCUUCUGCCGCUUACUAAUAUGUCUGCCUCUCGGAAAGCAGUCGCCAACCACAAGGAGAGGAAGCAGCGGCAGCAGCAGAAGAAGAAGAGCUACGGGUAGCAGAACUCCUCAUCCUGUACUCGUCAAAUGAAGCCGGGGGAGGAGGAAGAGAUGAGCUCAGACUGCAGCAGUGGGUGCCAGUCCGGUUGGACUGCGUACUUGGAGGAUGAGGAGGAGGAGGAGGAGGAGGAGGACCUGUCCAUGGUCUCUGACGCAUCCUCUGGUCCACCGCAAUUGCGCGAAGAGGAUGAGCAGCGAUGCCGCUGCCAACGCAAAUCCAACCUCUGCGUUGGGAAGAUUGGCUGCCUCUGCCCCGUCUCAGCUCCAGCUGCUGCUGCUGCCAUGGCCAGAGAUGGUUGCAAGAAGAGGAGAGUCGGAGAGGAGCAACACAUCGAGCACUCCUCUGUUUUGGUUGACACUGCCACCUCCCCUCUCUUCGGCUAUUCCAAGGCUCGCUUCAAAGACAACAACUACUGCUACUACCAAAUGAAGCCCAUCAAUGCUUUGGACUUCACUCGGAGCUUCUCAUCUGCUCAUAUUGAGGAGAGUUCUGCGCUGCAGAAGCAAAUAGGCUACCUUCAAUCCUAUACUCCUCUAAAGCCAACCUCAGCAAGACCAGUAUCAAGGAAAGAAAGGAAAACAAUUUGGUGACCAGUCUCAUAUCACUGUUCUCAGGAAGAAGAAGAAGGACUUGUAUAGAUAUCGGAGAACUUUCCUUAGCUUUCUUUUGCUUAUUUUACAUGCUCUCUGGUGUUUUCUCUUCACCUGUCAUUGCAAUGGGAACAACCGGACAAAAAAGGGAAAAAAAAUCAUUUGUCUUCUGUUUUCA